AGGGCUCCUGGGAACGGCCAGCCUUGGCCAAUCAGGAAGCGGGGGAGAGCGGCGCGAGAAGCGGCGGUCGCGUCCUCAAGCCGGCUCCUGAGCGGCGGAGACGGCUGUAGUACAAGGAUCUGCAUCUCCAAUGGAUACUGAGGGGUUUGGUGAGCUCCUUCAGCAAGCUGAACAGCUUGCUGCUGAGACUGAGGGCAUCUCAGAGCUUCCCCAUGUGGAACGGAACUUACAGGAGAUCCAGCAGGCAGGCGAGCGUUUGCGUUCCCGUACCCUCACACGCACGUCCCAGGAGACGGCAGAUGUCAAGGCGUCAGUUCUCCUCGGGUCUCGGGGACUUGACAUAUCUCACAUCUCCCAGCGAUUGGAGAGUCUGAGUGCAGCCACCACCUUUGAGCCUCUUGAGCCUGUGAAGGACACUGACAUUCAGGGCUUCCUGAAGAAUGAGAAGGACAAUGCCCUGCUGUCUGCCAUUGAAGAGUCCCGGAAGAGGACCUUCGGCAUGGCUGAGGAGUACCAUCGAGAGUCAAUGUUGGUUGAGUGGGAGCAAGUGAAACAGCGAAUUCUGCACACACUGCUGGCAUCAGGAGAAGACGCCCUUGACUUUACUCAAGAAAGCGAGCCAAGCUACAUCAGUGAUGUGGGACUCCCUGGUCGAAGCUCUCUGGAUAACAUCGAGAUGGCCUAUGCGAGGCAGAUUUAUAUCUAUAAUGAGAAAAUUGUAAAUGGACACCUGCAGCCUAACCUGGUGGACCUUUGUGCUUCUGUUGCCGAGCUGGAUGAUAAGAGCAUUUCUGACAUGUGGACCAUGGUAAAACAAAUGACAGACGUGUUGUUGACACCGGCAACUGAUAUCCUGAAGAACCGCAGCAGCGUGGAAGUGCGCAUGGAGUUUGUCAGGCAGGCCUUGGCGUACCUUGAGCAGAGUUAUAAGAAUUAUACCCUUGUGACUGUCUUUGGAAAUUUGCAUCAGGCCCAGCUGGGCGGGGUGCCUGGGACUUACCAAUUGGUUCGAAGUUUCCUGAACAUUAAACUUCCAGCUCCCUUGCCUGGAUUACAGGAUGGAGAGGUGGAAGGCCAUCCUGUGUGGGCACUAAUUUACUACUGCAUGCGCUGUGGAGACCUGCUUGCCGCUUCACAGGUAGUUAAUCGAGCCCAGCACCAGCUGGGAGAGUUUAAAACCUGGUUCCAGGAGUACAUGAACAGCAAGGACAGAAGAUUGUCCCCAGCUACGGAAAACAAACUCCGGCUGCAUUACCGUAGGGCCCUCAGAAACAAUACAGAUCCCUACAAGCGGGCCGUGUACUGUAUCAUUGGCAGAUGUGAUGUCACCGACAACCAGAGUGAAGUGGCGGACAAAACUGAGGAUUACCUGUGGCUGAAGUUGAACCAAGUGUGUUUUGACGACGAUGGCACCAGCUCCCCACAAGACAGGCUUACUCUCUCACAGUUCCAGAAACAGUUGUUGGAAGACUAUGGCGAGUCCCACUUUACGGUGAACCAGCAACCCUUCCUCUACUUCCAAGUGCUGUUCCUGACAGCGCAGUUUGAAGCAGCAAUUGCCUUUCUUUUCCGCAUGGAGCGGCUGCGCUGCCAUGCUGUCCAUGUAGCAUUGGUGCUGUUUGAGCUGAAGCUGCUUUUAAAGUCCUCCGGACAGAGUGCUCAGCUCCUCAGCCACGAGCCUGGUGACCCUCCUUGCAUGCGGCGGCUGAACUUUGUGCGGCUCCUCAUGCUGUACACCCGGAAGUUUGAGUCCACGGACCCAAGGGAGGCCCUCCAGUACUUCUAUUUCCUCAGGGAUGAGAAAGAUAGUCAAGGAGAAAACAUGUUUCUGCGCUGUGUGAGUGAGCUUGUGAUUGAAAGCCGAGAGUUCGAUAUGAUUCUUGGGAAACUAGAGAAUGACGGAAGUAGAAAGCCUGGAGUCAUAGAUAAGUUUACUAGCGACACAAAGCCUAUUAUCAACAAAGUUGCUUCCGUGGCAGAAAAUAAAGGACUGUUUGAAGAGGCAGCAAAGCUGUAUGACCUUGCCAAGAAUGCUGACAAGGUACUGGAGCUGAUGAACAAACUGCUGAGCCCUGUCGUCCCCCAGAUCAGUGCCCCGCAAUCCAACAAGGAGAGACUGAAGAACAUGGCACUCUCCAUUGCCGAACGGUAUAGAGCUCAAGGAAUAAGCGCAAAUAAAUUUGUGGACUCCACGUUCUAUCUUCUUUUGGACUUGAUCACCUUUUUUGACGAGUAUCAUAGUGGUCAUAUUGAUAGAGCUUUUGAUAUAAUUGAGCGCUUGAAGCUGGUGCCCCUGAAUCAGGAAAGUGUGGAAGAGAGAGUGGCAGCCUUCAGAAAUUUCAGUGAUGAAAUCAGGCACAACCUCUCAGAAGUGCUUCUUGCCACCAUGAACAUCUUGUUCACACAGUUUAAAAGGCUCAAGGGGACAAGUCCAUCCUCGUCAUCCAGGCCCCAGCGAGUCAUCGAGGACCGCGACUCUCAACUCCGAAGUCAAGCCCGCACCCUGAUUACCUUUGCUGGAAUGAUACCGUACCGAACGUCUGGGGACACCAAUGCGAGGCUGGUGCAGAUGGAGGUCCUCAUGAAUUAAGUGCCAUGCUUUGGGGGCAUCUGGGUCGGCACACUGUCAGUACAUCAGGCACAUGGGCCCACUAGGGUGGGGUUUCUGGUUUUGUUUCUGUUGUGUUUUGUUUUGGUUUCUGUAUUAUGUAUUUUUGUCAACACCAAUAAAUUUCUUUGAUUUGUAUUUCUUUUCAACAUUCUUUUCUUUUUUUUUUUCCUUUGAAAUUUUGUUUACAUUUUUAUUUGUGUAAUGGGAAAUGCUGUCACUAGCUCUUGGGCCAGGGAAUGAGAGGCUAUGUAGAUAUUCAUUAUUUGGUUAAAUUGACCUUAAAUAAUUAAAAAUUUACCCAAAAUGA